CUCCUGUCAAGUCUGUACAUGUCAGAAACUUGCAUGCUCUUUCUUUGAAUAAACUAAAAAAUCAACCUUGUAGCAACAGCAACAUAUGACCAUGUAGAAAAACGACGGCGACAUUUUCUUCGGCUGGUUAGGCGACAUCAUUACAUAAAAGGAUGUGACAUGGCAACAUGACUACCCCCCUUGGAAGGCCUCAUAAGUAAGAGUUGUGACGUACAGUAAUCCCUUCAAGUUUGUUCUCUGCUAGAGUGACAUUAAUGAAAAUGGAAAACAGGAGGAACACUUGGAACUAGCCUUUGAAUAUCUCAUAAGGAAAGACCAGAUGGAAUGGAUAACAAUCUACAGUGAUCAGGCAAUCCUGUUGAGCCUUUGCCUUCAGAGUAUUGUCGAUGAAAUCCUCAGAAUAAAAAACGGAAAACCAAUUAAAAGGCCUAAAGAUCGUGCAAAGAUGAAGAAGGAAGCAAGUCCAGGUUUUGAGCGUACCAAUUCUGUGACAUCUGAUGCAUCGACAGAGGGUGACGUAGAACAAGAGAGCAAAACUGUGAAUGGUUCAACUUCUCCAUCCACAAGUCCAGAAGCUAGACAGAAACAGAGUUCACCGGGAAAACCAAAAACAUCCAAACAAUCGGCAGGUAAAGGACAAUCACCCAAACCGGCAACUGCUCCGUCAAGUAAUGCUGCCAUGACAACAAACAAGGUGUUUGAAGGGAUUGGAGACGACGACCUUUGAACUUUGAGCUUGUUGAAAGGUUACAUGGUUAGAGUAAUAUGACUUCUAGCUUUUAUAUUUUAUAAGUCAGGCUUUCAUUUUAUAUUGAAAAAAUUAUGUAUUAUAUAAUAAUGGUAGAUUUGUUGAGAGCCAAUCAGGCAAAAGAUAAAAGUGUUUAAAAUUACCUGUGUGAAGCUAUUGAUUGCACUGAAUGUUAUAAAUCACUGUAUUUUCUUCGCACCGCUAUAGCCAUCUGAACAAUUAAACCAAAGCCUAUGUUCAAAGUCUGACGAUUAGGGGAAACAAAUAUUGAUCACAACAUGUAUGGCAUUUGUUGAGGUGGUGAGAGGCGGUCUUUGCACGCAGUUUAUGAUUUUGGAUCAAAAUGGUGAAAUAAUUGUGCUAAUUUUUACUAUUCUUAAUUUUCACGACAAAUUUAUGUACGUUAAGCGCAGAUGCAUUUGAGGUCAAUUGCAGAUUCUUUCAAAAUAUUAUUCUGGGAAAUUUACCAAAUUAUGUUUAUUGUUAAAAAUUGUGGCAAGAAUUUGUUUAGGUCUGGAACAAAUCAGUUACAAUUAUUAUAAUAAUAUAGAUUAAACUCAGGGGUUCGUUUUUUAUGAUGGUAGAAUGUGACACCCUAAGAAACAGCUAGAAAAACAAGAUUUAUGUGGCUUUAAAACAGAAGUUUCUAUUAUUAGGCUAAAUAUAUUUUAAUUACUCGUUUUCAGUCUUGUGGUGAACGUUUUGUACCCAAUUAUAUUUUACAUUUUGUGUGAGGUUUUGAAGAUAAAUAGGGUUGAUGUUAUUAGUGACUGCAGGGCUCUAUAAAAGGAAAUUUCUGAUUGUACCAUUUCUCAUCUCCAGCCGGCUGGACCGGUCAAUUUGUAGAAAUGGUUUUAGGUGAAUAGAUGCUAGCUUAGCCAGCUGUUUCAGUUAAGGUGGAAGCCAGAAAACGUUGGAGUUUUGGCAGCUUGAGCUCAUGAAAUGAAAUGGCACUGAGUUUCUUUCGUUCUUGCAAAAUGGGCACCCAUCACUUCGUCUCACCAAAAACCUUGUUCUUUUUGACUUGUCAAACUCAGAUAAAUUUCUAUUCUGUUGGCAUUAUACUUCAAUGUUUGCAAGGGUCACUGACAGUGCAAGCUAUUAAGGAGCUUAAGCAAUGACGACGGCGACCCCGAGGACAACGCCUAGUAAAAAAUGAAUUCUAUUUUACCUUUGAUUUUCGCUAUUGUCUAAAUCUGUUUAGUGCGCCUAUUGGUCUGAAAACUUGCUCAAGCUAAAUAUGUAACGCUAGCGUUCGAUUCCAAAUGAAAA